CCCGUUAGGUACGAGUCAGACAACAACAGGAAAAGGAACAGGAACAGUAUAGCAGCAUAAAUAUGCAUACCGUUUGGGUUAGAUUAAAUGCCGUCGUCUUUUUCGGACUGACGGUCCUAUUGGGAUUGAGUUGUCUCGCGGCAUUCUCGAAGAUUGGACAUUCGUAUAUCCAUCAACCAAGUAAGUAAAAUAGAAUGUAUUUGAACACCAAACUGUGCUUUAUGAUAAAUCUCUUUGAAUUUUCCGAACGAAUAAGAAUUGUCUAUUUAAUUUCCUCCGUUUCGCCUGACUUACUUUGGAAAAAUCUUUAUUCCAACAAAAACAAUACGAUCACACGAACAAACCCAAUCCAAAACAGUCAUCAAUACACUCGAGUUGAACACGUUGAGAUCCUUGAAAUCUCACGGUGGUGUGGAUCGUGCCCUGCUCAGUUUCAAUAUCGACGCCGAUAUGAAUCCGGCGUUCCAUUGGAACGUCAAGCAAUUGUUUGUAUACGUUGUUGCGUCGUACGAAACAUCCUCAAAAGAAAUCAACGAUGUCGUGAUUUGGGACAAAAUCAUUGAAAACAUUGAUUCCGUGGAAGACAAACACAUCAAGCAAGAAAAUGUCUUUGUAAAAUAUGCGUUGGUCGAUCAGGGGAAUGAAUUGCGUGGCAAGGAUGUWUCACUCAGGCUCAUGUGGGACCACAUGCCAAUUACCGGGUUCGUAUACAUGGACAGCCAAGCAAAGGACACCACGACKAGCUUCUCGUUGCCAUUGGAAUACAAGUAGUGUGUAAAGAAACGGGCAAUUURAUU